AUGAAUGCUCCAUUGUCUCAUUACUUCAUAUAUAAUGGACACAAUUCUCAUCUAACUGGGAAUCAACUAAGUAGUGACUGUAGCGAUGCCCCAAUUGUAAAUGCAUUGCAUAGAGGUGUACGAGUCAUUGAGUUAGAUAUAUGGCCAAAUUCAACAAAAGAUGACAUUCAUGUUCUUCAUGGGAGGACGCUCACCACUCCUGUUGAGCUCAUCAAAUGUUUAAGGUCCAUUAAGGAAAAUGCUUUUACUGCAUCUGAAUAUCCUGUUGUCAUAACACUUGAAGAUCAUCUUACUCCAGAUCUUCAGGCUAAAGUGGCUGAGAUGAUAAAGGAAACAUUUGGAGACAUGCUGUUUUGCCCUGGUGAGGAAUGCUUGAAAGAGUUUCCCUCCCCUGAGUCACUGAAGAAACGGGUUAUGAUAUCAACCAAACCACCUAAAGAAUACUUACAGGCCAAAGAUGCUAAGGCAAAAGAGAGCGGCUCAAAUAAGGGAAAGGAUUCAUCUGAGGAAGAAGCUUGGGGAAGAGAAUUCUCAUUUAAAACCAAGAUUGAUGAUGAUGAUGGCGAUGAAGAUGAUGGAUUUGAUGAAGAGGAUCCUAAGUCACAGCAGAUUGCAGAACCAGUAGAAUAUAAGCGCUUGAUUGCUAUUCACGCGGGAAAGGGGAAGGGUGGAAUGCAAGAUUGGCUCAGGGUUGAUCCUGAGAAAGUAAGACGUCUCAGCUUAAGUGAGCAAGAACUUGAAAAGGCCAUAAUAACUCAUGGAAGAGAAAUUGUCAGGUUUACACAGCGGAACAUAUUGAGAGUAUACCCUAAAGGUAUACGCUUUGACUCAUCCAACUACAAUCCCCUAAUUGCAUGGAUGCAUGGAGCUCAGAUGGUUGCAUUUAACAUGCAGGGUUAUGGAAGAUCACUUUGGUCGAUGCAUGGAAUGUUCAGGGCUAAUGGUGGUUGUGGAUAUGUUAAAAAGCCAGACUUUCUGUUGAGGGCUGGUCCACUUAACGAGGUCUUCGAUCCUCAUGCUAAACUUCCUGUUAAAACUACUUUGAAGGUGACUGUAUACAUGGGUGAAGGAUGGUACUAUGACUUCCAUCGUACACACUUCGAUGCAUAUUCUCCACCAGAUUUCUAUGCAAGGAUAGGAAUUGCUGGAGUGCCUAGUGAUACUGUGAUGAAGAAAACGAAGACACUCGAGGACAACUGGAUACCAACUUGGGAUGAGGUUUUUGUAUACCCAUUAACAGUUCCAGAACUGGCCUUGCUUCGAAUUGAAGUUCACGAGUAUGACAUGUCUGAGAAGGAUGAUUUUGCUGGCCAAACUUGCCUACCGGUGCCAGAAUUGAGACAAGGUAUCCGAGCAAUUCCACUUCACAGUCGCAAGGGGGAGGAGUACAAGUCUGUGAAGCUUCUUAUGCGAUUUGAGUUUGUUUGA